GCACACAGUGACUCCGUCCGGUCGGAGUGCUGCCCUCCCAGCCCACAUGGAAACCCUUGCCCUCCGUCCUGUUUCUGUUGCCAGUUUUGCCUCCUCUGCAGCCGUUUUUCAUUCUUCUUCACUGAAUUUUGUCUCCGGGGUCGUCAUCCCUAAGAACGUGAGGGGACAGCAGAGCGGCCACGAAGGUCUCCCUUUCUGUCUAGGUGGCGGACGGAGGAGUGCAGGAAGCAGAUGGAGAAACCCUGGCUUUGUGCCGGGUACAGAUUGACACGCGGCUAAAGCCCAGCCCGGAGGGAAGCAAAAGUACCCGGUGCUCGGUCCAUUUGUCCUUGGCUGAGGGUUCGGCACCUGGAGGACAACGGCCUCUCUCCCACACCUCUCUCUCUAAGCCCCACACCUGCAUUUCAGCAGUACCUUCCGCGCUUAAUUGUAGUGAUCGCUCCGGAGAUGGCAACACGCACGUUUCACUUUCCCCACCUCCUUCGAGUUGACUUAGCAACUGGACUGUGCUUACUGGGGUCGAGUCCUGGCAGCCGAGAAGACCCGUUGGCCACCACCUCGCUCCUUCGUGCUCUAGAUGCCAUAGGUUUCAUGUUGUGAAUGUUAGUGACCUCUCAGAAUGAGAUUGUGUGUAUAUGUGUGUGUGUGUGUGUGUGUGUGUGUGUUAGCUAGUAUUUUAAGCAAAGAAACAGCCUUUCAUACCUAACUCUGCACAGUGCACUUCAUUCUUUCCCAGCAAGGCGUCUUCCGUUCAGUUUCCCACUCACCCGAAGAACUUGAGCGUUUCCCGUGUACGUCUGUUGGUGGUGAAUUCCGUUAGUUUUGGGGUUCUUAUCUGAAAACGAAUUGAACUUCAUCUCACUGGAAUGGAGCUCCGACUUGACAGCGCGUUACAGCUGUUCUUGCGCUGCCUCCUGACCUCUGUUCUUUCUAGUAAGAAGUCAGGGGACUUCCUUGGGAAAGAAACCAUCCCUCUGUCCGUGCUCUGUCGUUCUGUACUGGCCGCUUCCACGGGCUCCUCUUCAUCUUUGGACUUCUGCAGUUUAAUGAGGAUGCACCGGGUGUGGUUUUCUCUGUGUGGAUCAUACGUUGGCUUCCCUGACACUCCUGAAUCUGUAAGUGUAUGACUUUCACAACUACUCGUGCAGGUAUUUUCUGCUUCAGUUUCUUCUAAAAUUCCCAUUGCGUGUUUGUUACUCCUCGUGAUAGCAUCCUUCACGUCCCAGGGUGUUGUUUUUCUCCCCCACCCCCGCCCCCACCAACCCCGGUCUUUUUUCUCCAAGUCCUUCAGAUUGGAUCGUUUGAAUUGAUUUAUCUUCAGGCCGCCUAACUGUUCUGUCAUCUCCACCCUACCAGUCAUUCGAUCCUGCAGCGAUCUCGUUCCAGAUACUGUAUUUUUCAUUGUAGAGUUUUCAUUUGGCUCUUUCUUACAGUUUCUAUUUCCUUGCUGACAUUUCUGAUCUUUGCAUUAAUUAUGAACAGAUUUUCCUUUAUAUCCUUGAAUGCAGUAGCUCUUCAAAGUCCCUGCCUGCUAAUUCCAACCUUGAGUUGUCUUUGGAGUUGCGUCUUUUACACUGUUUUUUCCUCAUGAGAAUGGAUCACACUUUCAUGUUUAUUUGUAUGUUGAGUAUUUUUGAGUUUAUUUGUAUAUAGAGAUUGUGCACCGGACAUUGUGAGUGAUAGAUUGCAGAAACUCUGGAAUCAGUUAUAUUCCUCUGGAGAAUGGUUUGUGUGUUUUAGCAGGCAAUUAGCUAGGCUGGUCUCGGAUCGCAGAUUCUCUCCCCAUGCUGUGGGCAGUAGCCUAUGUCUCAGUUCAGUUCUCUUAGCCUUAGCGGGGCUGCUCAGAGCCUGUCCUGUGUGCGUGGUUCCAGGUUCAGCUAGAGAUUUGGGCAGAAUCUAUAAGACUAGGGCCUGCUUUCUGGCGAAUGGCCCCCAUGGUGCCAGCCCCCUCAGAGUCUGGCUGCUGUGGGCUGCUCUCCUGUGCUGUCCUAGGUCCAUAGCCCAUAGUCACUGUCCGCAUGAGUGUUGGUCCAAUAGGAGCUGGGCAGACUUGCCAGAAACAGAAAGAGGUCACGAUUUUUAAAGAAAGACUUUUUUUUUAAUGUUUGUUUAUCUGAGAGAGAGAGAGAGCAUGAACAGGGGAGGGGACAGAGAGAGAGGGAGACACAGAAUCCAAAGCAGGCUUCAGGCUCUGAGCCGUCAGCACAGAGCCCGAUGAGGGACUCGAACCCACAAACCAUGAGAUCAUGACCCGAGCUGAAGUCGGAGGCUUAACUGACUGAGCCACCCAGGUGCCCCAAGAAAGAUUUCAGUAGAAAUCCCUUCUAUGAAAAGCAUUUUGAGAUGAGCAGUGCCACAAGCAAACAAAAGUGCGCUAUUUCCUGCAGUUUGGGAAACAUGAAGAGAAACGCAGUCUUGGUGCCUUCGUGAAACCAGACGUCCAGGCUCCUCUGCUGUUUUUAAGAGACGAAGAGCCCAGGCAGGCGCUGUACCACUGCAGGUUUUGCAUUUAGCUCCCCAGUCAGCCACUUACAGAUACACAAUUCAGUUUCAUCUAAAGUCUCCAGACUUGUUUUCUGCAAAGAUAUCAGCCGGGUUUUUGUUGUUGUUGUUAAAAGGUCAAUUCCAUUCCUUUGUGGUGAGGCAGUGUUGGGUAAUUAAAGGAGAUCAUGUUUCAAAACUGGUAUUCCUGAGAACUUGCCAGAACGAGCUCUUUCCCUCUUGGCUUUUUUUCCUUUCAGUCUGGAUGUUUUCCAGAUUCGCCUAAGUAGCCUAUAAACCCAGACUGAUUUUGUGUUUAGGUGAUCAAAGCCCAAUCUUGAAAAUAACGUUAUUCAAGCAAAGGGUAUUUCCUAUACUUAAAAGAAGAAAUGUUGUGUAGCUUCAGAGGAGAGAACGGUAGUGCCUCCACUCACAUGAGAAACGCCGCAGAAACGAAACAGAAAAUCUCCUUUCUUUCCUAGUAGCAGAAGGUCAGGUGAAAAAGUGCGGAGCUGACUGACAUCUACUUAAAAGUUUUACUGAUUUCCACCCCCCCCCCCGCAUGCUUUGUUUCCCCACCCUAACGAUGGGUGGGACAGACACUACUAGUCUCAUUUAGGAAUAAGCAGACACGCUGAAAAAGACGAGGCCACCUGCAGCCACACGGGCCAGCAGAGGCGCAGCCCACAGCUUGUGGCCCUCGCUCUCUGCUUGGACAGCCUGGACGGCUCGGCCAUCGGCUGUGCAGGACCGAUGGCCCUUCUCCACUCCGAACCCAGUCUGGGUUGAAGAUUUGUUUCUGUGUCUUAGCUCAGUCCCGGAAGGAGAGGAACCCAUUGGACCACUCCUUUCCUCUCCAUGAAAAUGCCUCAGAAGUGAAAUCACAUUGUGUUGCUCCAGAAUGGAAAUGUAAUCAGACCUCGCCGUACUUGCUCACGGAGGGCGCAAGACCACGAGAGCACAGUCGGCAGCCCCCCCACGCUCUCUGUCCUCGGAAUCGGACUCGAUUCCUUUGAGGACCAUUUCUGUUGUUGGGAGGGAAGUGGAAAAAUAAAAGAAACAUCACAUACAGCACUUCCUUCUCCUUUCACACCUGUCUCACGAAGUGGGGCUGGUCGAUGGGCACGCGUUCAGAUGUCUGUAAAGGAAGAGCCCAAGCCCUCACUCGUUCAUCCGCUUGCAAGUUUGAGACCUAGAGACUGGCGUCCCAGGGGAGACCGUGGGGCUCCCUGCCAGCUCACAGCAGGCGGCCCGACUCUUUCACAUGGAACGUAUUGCUACUAAAGAUAUUUGCGGUUUGGGAAAAUAUGUUUAAAUUUGACCUCCUUGACCCUCUGCGCUUUCUAGCCUGUUGCUCGGGCUUGUGCCGCAGCUUUGGAGAGAACGGCCCAGAAAUGUCUCCGUGUGCACGCCUACUCCGUCCAUGGACUAGCCUUCCCACUGUAAAAACAGAUCUUUUAUGAGUUAUUUAUACUCUUGACUACUCUGAGCAACAAGUGACGGUUUCUCAGAAGCAUCUGACAUGUGAUUUUCGGGAUGAGAACCAAAUACCGGGAUCCAAGGACUCUUCCCCGUUACCGCUGCCCUACAAGGGACGUGACUAGCGGGUUCGGUUAAAGAGAUACCGCACUGCCUGCCAUGUGCACCUGCUGUAAAUGGACAGGACAGCGGUGGGACACGCACAGUCCAGAUCCCACGGAGCAGUGAAAUCGCAUACGUGGUUAUGUGGUCAAAGGGCUACGGUGAAGGAUUCGGAGAGAGUGGGGGAGAGCGGAUGUGGAUGGAAGAACCAGGGUGGAUGGAGCCUGAGAGGGUCUCCCAUGGCAAGGGACCUCACGUGACCUUCUGGAAGUUUUUGUGGGGGAACGGUAACCUUAAGAUCAGGGUGGCCCAUAUCACAAAACAAGCCUUAUGAAAUAAACUGCCUCAGUGGGGCCUACUUAAAAUGCAGUUCCCGUGGCAUUAAAGAACAUGUCCUGCUUGGCCACCUCAGAGCUUGCCCGUAUUUUAUUUAUUUGAAGAAGUUGGGGAAAAAAAAAAAAGAUGAUUUUUCCUUGACUUUUAUGGGUUUUUCAGUCGUUAAAAACUGUGAAAUGUUUGGAAAUUCUGAUUCGGGGUCUGUUACUUAUUUUGAGGGCCCUGGAUGAGAGCAGGGUGCAAACUAACCCGGGGGAGCUCCUCUCUCGGGCCACUGGCCCCAGGCUGGACUCUGGUUCCCAGUGGCCAUCUGAAAGAAGGUGGCCUGCACUCCUUCCCUGUGGACAGUACAGGGCUGGAAACUUGUUGACCGCUCAGCAAGUUGACUCUACUGGUUGUGGCUUCACUCACCCACUCACCUCUCAUUGUCUUCAGUAUUUUGAGAGAGAGGUAAAGAGACAGAGUACAAAUGAGGGAGGAGCAGAGAGGGAGAGAGAAGGGGAGGGGAGGGGUAGAGAGAGGGAGAGAGAAUCCCAAGCAGGCUCUGCGCUGGGGCUUGAACCCACGAACUGUGAGAUCGUGACCUCACCCUCCAGACCGGCAAGGGGUGUGCCGAGCCAGCACUGCUAGGAAUCCGGCCGGACAUCGAGAGUCGGACGCUUAACGGACUGACUCCCCCGGGCACCCUGUGCCUCGUCGUCGUUCGUGCGCACAGCGAUGCUCCACGUCUACGCUGAUUCUGGACGCAAGACAACGGGCUGUCAGGUCGCAGCUCUCAGCCCAGUGGGAGCAGGAGGCGAGCGGACGCAUGCUGGCGGUGCAUCGUGACCAGGGUUCUGGCCUCCUUCAGCCCCAGGGCCGGCCUCCUGGCAGUGCCGGCUCGGCACGCCCCUUGCCAGCCUGGAGGGUGACGCUAACUCUUAAGUGCUCUUCGGGUUCCGUGCUCCUCUCUAAGCCGUGAUCGUCUGGCUAGAGCACGAAGGAAACCACACUCAUGUUUUCAAGAGGGAGUGGAAUCUUGGGACCGAAAGCUUUUACUCUAACGCACUAAUGUCAUCAGGAAAACAUUCCCAUGCCUUUAAAAGAAAAAAAAAAAAAGCCCUCACGUCUGUAGUAAUGGUUUGCUGACUCAGAGCAAUUAUGAAAUGAAUUUCUGUGCUUUCCUGACUUUAAGGUGAUCGCAUGAGUUAGCUUGUGUGAGAAACAGCCCGCUCCAGCCUCCCAUCAGGCAGGAAUGUCUUUUUGAAACAGUUGAGCAGAUUCCCAGAUUGGAAAGGGUCUGUGCAGCUGACCUCACUCUUUCAUGAGUAAUUCUGGGUGGUUAUUGACUGCGCUCUGCCAGAAGGCUCGAAACCGUGAAUGAGCGUCAUUCUUAGCAGCCGGGGGCCGCAGGCGUGCAGGAGGGAGCCGCAGCCCGCACCAUCCUGGAGGAGGAGAAGGUUCAGCAAGAAGAACGAAUGAGGAUGGAAUCCCGAAGACAGGUCACAGUGUCCUGGGACUCCGGAGGGUCCGACGAAGCGCCACCCAAGCCCAGCAGACCUGGUUACCCCAGUCCACGGUCCAGCGAAGGAUUUUAUCCCAGUCCCCAGCACAUGGUACAGACCAAUCAUUACCAGGUGUCUGGCUAUCCUGGUUCACAUGGGGUCACAGCCACGGCUGGCAGCAUCUACCCGGGUCAGGCAUCUCUUUUGGACCAGACGGACUCAUGGAAUCACAGACCACAGGAGAUCUCGAUGUGGCAGCCCAACGUGGAGGACUCUGCGGCCCUGGACCUGCGCGGGAUCGGGCAGGUGCUGCCCACCCAGCUGGUGGAAGAGCGGCUGAUCCGGCAGCAGCAGGAAAUGGAGGAGGACCAGCGCUGGCUCGAGAAAGAGGAGAGAUUCCUGGUCAUCCUGAAACCCGACGUGCGGCUCUCUCGAGGCAGCAUCGACAGGGAGGACGGGAGUCUUCAGGGCCCGACGGGAAACCAACACAUCUAUCAGCCUGUGGGUAAACCAGAUCCCGCAGCUCCGCCAAAGAAACCGCCGCGGCCUGGAGCCCCCGGUCACCUGGGCAGCCUCGCCAGCCUCAGCAGCCCCGGGGACAGUUACAACGAGGGCGUCAAGCUUCAGCCCCAGGAAAUCAGCCCCCCGCCCACUGCCAACCUGGACCGGUCCAACGACAGGGUGUACGAGAAUGUGACGGGCCUGGUGAAGGCUGUCAUCGAAAUGUCCAGCAAGAUCCAGCCAGCCCCCCCGGAGGAGUACGUUCCCAUGGUGAAGGAAGUCGGCCUGGCCCUGCGGACAUUACUGGCCACCGUGGACGAGACCCUUCCAGUCCUGCCAGCCAGCACUCACCGAGAGAUCGAGAUGGCCCAGAAGCUGUUGAACUCCGACCUGGGCGAGCUCAUCAACAAGAUGAAGCUGGCCCAGCGGUGCGCCAUGACCAGCCUACAGCAGGACCACAAGAAGCAGAUGCUGACCGCCGCCCACGCCCUGGCCGUGGACGCCAAGAACUUACUCGACGUCAUCGACCAGGCCAGACUGAGGGCACUCGGACACGCGAGGCCGCGCUGAGGGGCCCCCCGGGCCUCGGGGAGGACGCGCCCCGGCGCCCCGCCAGCAGCGAGGGGCUCCCCCCGUGCCCGGGGCUGUGACUGACGGCCGGUUCAGAACCUCUCUCGGACAAAUUUAACCGCAUUUGAUUUGAGUUCGUUGUUUGGUUUUGUUUUUCUUUAAUCAUGGUGUUCGGAAAAGUCCAGGAUCCAAAAUGUGGCAUUUUUCUGAGAAUGAAAAUUGUUCGUGAGAAGCUUUCAAGAAUCACCAAGAACAGAUGACCGUCCCAUGAGGGCGUGUUUCCGUGGAAACGGCCCAGUGCGGGGCCUGAGCCAGCUCAGCUGCGCACAGGCAGAGGAGACCGGGCAGAGAAUUCCGGGAAACCCGAGGGGCUGAGAACUCUUCUGCGUGUGCAGAGUGGCCAGCCAGACCGGAGUUUCUGCUGUGAGGACGCCCUUCCGUCGCAAUAUGCAAACGGCACUCUAAGAGAACAUCAGAGCUAUAUUUUGAAGACUUGGGUCAUUUCAGAAACAAACAGAACAACAGCCACCCUUCUGUCUUUCCCGCCUUUUACUUUCCUGUUGGAUAUGUGAAGAUUCGGUUGGAAGCUAGCUGUAGACCACACUAAAAAACUUUUGUCUUUUUUCACCAGAAUAAUGUGCCAGUUUUUUGUAGCAAUGUUAUUUCUCUUGGAAGCAGAAAUGCUUUGCACCAGAGCACCUCCAAACUGCAUUGAGAAGAAGUUCUGGAACCAUCCCUGUUUUCCAUUUUUAUAUAAUUUAUAAAGAAAGACGAAAGCCAUGUUGACUAUCUUGCAGCCACUAGAGCUGACUAACCCUUCCUUGUGUCUGUCUUCCCAGGAGGCGAGUAAGCAAAGCAGAGAGAGUUGGUUUUCUUUUGAUGUCCAGUUACACCAUCCAUUCUGUUAAGUAAUUUUGAAGAGCAUACCCUCCCUUUAGUUUGUCGGGGGAUAUAAAUUAUUCUCAGGAAGAAUAUAAUGAACUGUACAGUUACUUUGACCUAUUAAAAAGGUGUUACCAGUAAA